AUGCGAUUGGGUUCACUGACAGCGUUACGCUGGUCCCUUGUCGCCGCGGCGAUCAAGCUCAACGUUACGCUUGUCGUCCCCGACGAUCUGGAUACAGGUCACGCUUGGCUUGUUGUCCCCGGCGACCUGGAUACACGUACAGUCGUGCGCUGCCUUCCACGACACAAAUAUAAAAACCCCCUGUUUCUUCUUCUCUCCGAUCUAUUCUCUUCUCUUCUUUCAACCGCUUCAUCUGCUGCUCUUGUGUCUUUGCUUGUCUCCAUUCUCUUUCUGACCAUGGCCAAUCUGUUGCGUAACUGGGCUCUCAAUGGCAUGAUCGCCUGUGUGCAUCUGAGCAUCAUGUUGUUGUUGCUAAGAUCGACGAUUGAGGCUCGUGAUGGCAACAUGCGUAAUGCUGUGGUGGAUACUUUCGUCGCGAUUUGCUUUUACGAAUUUUACCUCAUGUUGCUCCGCAUUCACUUUAUGACCAAUCUGAAUCUCUCGCUUCUUGGCCUCAAUCACCCUUAUGAUCCCCGAGACCCCCGAGACCCUCCUAGCUCGGGUUCUAACCCCAGUGGAAUUGGAAACCAUUCAUCUAACACCUCGCGCCGUGGCCCUGGAAAUGCAGGGUCUUCGACGUCUCGCUCUCCUGAUUCCUAUUCUUCCAACUCUACUCGAUACCGUCGCGCAAUCUUUAUCAUGGUCGUGCUAAUCGCAAUCAUUUAUUUCCAGUUUGUCUCAUCCCGCGGCAACGAAUAUUUCUGCGAAAUCGACGAGGACUACCUGACCGAUCGAUUCAACCUCACUGGGUUGAACACUGAAGUUUCCUACUACCAAUACGCUCUUGAUCUUGUGACCGACGUUUUCGACCUUGAUGCCGACGACGAUCUGCGUGAGCAAAUCGAAAAGUCUGCCCGUCACCUCUAUGGCUUGGUCCAUGCCCGGUACAUUGUUACCACUCGUGGUCUUGCCAAAAUGCUCGAAAAGUACAAGAAGAGUGACUUCGGAAAGUGCCCACGUGUGAUGUGCGAUGGACACGCACUCCUUCCUCUCGGCGAGUCAGACCUUCCGAAUAUCAGCACCGUCAAGCUGUACUGCCCCAAGUGUGAGGACAUUUACAACCCCAAGUCGUCACGCCACUCGUCCAUCGACGGCGCAUACUUCGGUACCUCGUUCCACUCCAUCUUGUUCCAGGUUUACCCUGCUCUCAAUCCCGAGAAGAGCAGCCGUCGUUAUGAACCCCGGAUCUACGGGUUCAAGGUGCACGCCGCAGCUGCCCUCGCCCGCUACCAGGACAACCAGCGCGAGGAUCUCAAGUGGCGUCUCGCUGAAGUGGACAUCAACCACCGGUUCAUCGAGGACAGCGAGAGCGAUGACGACGCCUUCGAGUACGAGGAGGAGUACGCUGAGGGCACCCCAGCCAAGGAGAAGGUCGGUGAUGCCACUCGCGUGGCAUAG